AUGAGAAAGACAGUAAAAGGGAAUGUUCCUUGUGGUGCCAAUAAGAAGGACCUUCUUGCUCACUUAGAUAAAGUACCAACUUUUGUCCAACGAUUGCAAUUCACCGUUAAGGACCAUACAGUAGGAAAAGCUGCUACUUUUACUAAAGUCGAUAAUGUGAUACAAGAAACUAAAAAUCUGAUGAACGUCAUUUCAAAGGUUGUUACUACUUGUUUCGAGUGUGCCACCAAAUAUAAACUGGACUUCCGUGGAUCUGGCGCUGGAGCUCGCAGGGGCUCAGGUGGAGAGGGAGGAUCUUCCAGUGCUGGCGGUGCGAGCGGAGAUAAUAAGGGUGGAGGAGCUACAGGCUCGGAUCAAAGUUUAUGA